AUAUUCUUUUAAAACAACAUGGCGGCGCACAUGUGCCUUCAAGUCUUUGCUGGCUGCUACGAAAGGACCACUUUCGGAUACGAUUUAUUGGAAAAUGAAUCGGAGGAUGGUUGCCAGUAUUCCUUCAAAGGGAGGUUUACAAACAAUGCCCACACCGGCUGCAUCAAGUCCCUGGCCGCAAGCAGUCGUCACUUAGCCUCGGGGAGCACCGAUGAACUUGUCAAUCUUUAUGAUCUGGAGAAGAAUGUUGAGCUGGGAUCUCUCCUGCAGCAUGAUGGUUCUGUGACAUCACUAAGUUACCAUGACGAUGGCCACAUGGUCAGUGGUGGAGAAGAUGGGGUCAUUUGCAUAUGGGGCACCAAGAACUGGGAGUGUAUGAAGAUUCUCAAGGGCCACAAAGAUGCUGUUAACUCAGUAGCAGUACACCCUUCUGGUAAGAUAGCCCUCUCCGUCAGCAAAGACAAGACGUUACGGACGUGGAACUUACUCAAAGGCAGAGCAGCUUACACAACCAAUAUUAAGAAAGUUUCAGACAUCGUUCUAUGGUCACCCGAUGGUCAGCUCUAUGCGGUCAUCACUAACGACCUUGUGGAGAUCUAUGACAUCACUACUGCUACCGUCUGCUGCUCGUACAAAAGCAAUGUCAAGAUACUCUCUGCAUGUUUCCUAACAGAUAGAGUAUUGGUCACAGCUGGUGAAGGGGAGAUGAUAUCCCUCCUCAAAGUGAAUGACAAGAAGACUAAGCUAUCACAGCUAACAGAAUUCAAGGCACAUGAAAAGAGAAUCAAGUCUCUGAAAUGUGUCAAUGCUCGUGGAAGCAAAUCAAAGCAGACUGAGAAAUGGCUUCUAUCCGCAUCUAGUGAUGGCUUUCUCAAGAUAUGGUGUAUAGAUACAGAAAAGAUCACAGAUUCUCCAGUAUUACUCUCAGAGGUGGAUUCCAAAGCCAGACUGACAUGCUUAGCUGUGAGACAAGCGCCCUCUGUGGUCAGUGAAGAGAAAGAGACUUCCCAGCAAACCACUAAGCGCUCCACAGAAAGCAAAACUGAUGACACAGUGGUGAAGAAGAAGAAGAAGAAGAGCAAACCUUGAUCUACUUCUCUCAGAUCUCCAGAUUUAGAAUUAUCUUUUGUCAGUUUAAGGAAGACCAUUCAAAGCAUAACUUGUUUAGUUCCAUUUAGUUCUAUUCUGGUAUUUUCUGUUCAAAAUAUGGUUAGUCUUAAAACUAGCAUUGCACUCUAAAUAAAGGUGAAAGCGCUCUGUGAGUGGGCGAGACCGAAACAUUCCAGAAAUUUGGCGUGUUCAGAAGUUGACUUCAAACGAUGGCCUUUAAAUAUGAAAAUCUCUUUUUUUACCCUUUAAAUGUUAUGUAUGUGAAUGUGUGGUAUUGUUUGGAGAAUGAUAUUAUGUUGUCUAAUGAUAUAAAAUU